CUAGGCGGAAGACCUGAAUCGCAUCCGCAACAACCAGCGGCGAUGUAGACAGCGCAAGCGAGACUAUAUCACAGAGCUUGAAUUGCGGCUCGCAAACAUGGAAUCAACGACAUCGCAGGAGAUCUGCAGACUCGAGAGUGUGACCGAUGAGCUUCUCCAGGAGAAUGAGAGGCUGCGGGGAUUAUUGAGCUCAACGAGUGAUGUUCGCAAAUGCGGGGAAUGCAAUAGGGUGAUCGACGGGGCAGAAGAGUUGGAACAAGAUGUGGCCUUGAAUCCCGAUCCUAUUGGAGAUGGUGCAGUACUCCCCGUCACGCCGUGGAGAGGCCCCGACCAGAAGGACAAGGUUACCGAUAAAGACCCUUUUGACCGUCAACUAUGUCCAUCGCCGGCUAUAUCACUCAGCUAUUCCACAGAUUUUUCCCGGGAGACCGACUACCCUCAGAUCCUGCCUCUGAUGGAACCCGACUCGUUUUUACUACUUCCGAAUGAAAUUCAGCCCCACCCUACAGCUCCUACUACAGACGUAGAGGCUUUUGAGUCCAACUAUGACACGACAGUGUGCGCCGUCGCAUUAGAGCUAGUCAUGAGCUGCAAUCGGAAAAACCUCAGUAUCUCAGAGUUGGACAUGCGGCUGCGGUGUGGGUAUCGCCGCGCACGGUUUCAAUGGGAAGGCUGCAGGGUGGACAAUCGAGUCCUGUUCGCUGUGAUGAGUGAGAUUACGUGACGAAAGUGAUGACAUACCAGUUUCCCCUCUUGGCACGUGCGCAAACUGGUGACAUAUCGGUUAUAGCCUCGUCCUCCAAUCACAGUCAGGCUGUGGCCUACUUCUUGAUUUUGGGAAAUUGUUGGGAGGAACGUUCGGAAACAUAUAAACCAGCUUUCUCUCUUCCCUAUCUACUUUCUUCCUUCACUUGCAUAGCACUAUUCCUGGUUCCCAAAUCAACUACUUCCCCAGUCUAUCAUCUGAAACAUAUA